AUGGACAACCACUGGAUCGCGGCAAACCCGCGGAUCAAGGCGGUCUUCGCGACACUACCUAAGAUGGCCCUCCACAUCGAGGAGCUCGUCUUGCAUCCUUGGAGCGUUGACUGGACGUCGCCGACCGCUUCGCUGUUCUCCGGCUCCGCGCCUCGGCUCCGCGUGCUCUCCCUCCACGAGCUAUCAUUCGUCCCUACAGAUCACUUUCCUAACCUGCAAAAACUCUUCAUCACCUUGCAGCGCCCUCCCGAGCAGCCUGAGCUGCUGACUAUGCUGCAAGGGUCACCGAUGCUCGAGCACGUCCACAUCUGGGCGCCGCGCGUCGUACCGCACCCUGGUGGGACUCCGAACGGCCGCGCUGCGAGGCUCCCACAUCUGCGGGCAAUGGUCCUGUGUCUCGGCCACGACACACCGUGCCUCCUUUCUGACCUCGUCUUGCCCCCCAGCUGUCUCGUCCGCCUACAGCUUGAAGACGCUCCGCUGGACGAAGUCCCGCUCUGCCUCGCAGCGCUCGAAAAACACUUGGACGCCCGACCCUUGACGAAGCUGUCGUGGAGCCAGGGUAUCGGCAUGGGCUUCAUGGCUCGCCGCGCGGUGCUAUACGUCACCCUCUGCAACGCUGCCGCAGACGCAGGCCUUCAAAUCGGCGUCUCGUUGCGCGGUUACGUUCGUGCCCGCGAAGCCUCCGCGGACGUCUUCCGCCGUGCCUUCGAUACCUGCCCUCUGUACGCGCACGUCACGAACCUCUCCGUCUCCGCCAAACGCAACCUCGUCGACUUCACCAUCCUCGACAGCCUCCGCUCGCUUACCACGAUCAACCACAUCUUCGCCCCUACUCCGAGCCCGCGUCUUAGCCACAUGGGCGCCCGUACGCGGCGGAGAAGGCGAGAUACGACUCGCGUUCCGUCGCUUGCGCGCGCGGGGCCCGACGGCGCGCUCGCGUGCCCUGCGCUGCACACCCUGUACUUCAUCGACUGCGGCGCCGCCGAGCUCCGAGACGCACGCACAAUCCUCCAGGCCCGGAAGGCGGCUGGGCUGCCGCUCGCGCGACUCGGUGUCGACUGCAGCGCGCGCUUCCGGGAGGACGCCCGCGCCCUGAGAGAGCUCGUGGAUGAGCUGGACGUCGCGAUUACCGACGAGCCCGGGUACGAGGAGUUCAAAUGGAGAGCGGGCGAGCCGGAGGGAGGGUGGCGCAGUCAUUCGGCGCGGGCGCGCUAUGAGUGGCCUCGUUGGUCUGAAUUCCGCGAGUUUAACGAUUUUUAG